AGUCUGUUUUCUUGUUACAAAAACUUGUCUAAAAAAUGUAAACUUAAUUUUAAAUAGUUUCAUAGUUUGUGAUAUUAAAUGAUUGAUUGUUAUAGUUGAAAUGUUAAAUAGUAAAAACGUAUUUUCAAUUGGAUUUUCUGUUAUUAAAGUUUAGUAGAGUUAAAUUGUGAUUAAAUAUAAUAGUUUCUUUAAAUUAUGGCCUCAAUGCCAAACGUCGAUAAAUUAGAGGAAACAUUAAAAAGGGAUCAAGAGAGCAUACAGAAUAACUUAAAUAAGUUUUUGAAGCCUGACUUUUGUGAAAAUGAAGAAGCAAAAAUCAGUAACUUAUAUGCAAAAGAUGAAGGGCCCCAGUGGCGUAAAGUCACCGGUAGUGGUGUUACAAAGUCGUUGAUUACAAAAAAUUUGCCGAAGGUCUUUCAGGAUUUACCAAUACAUACGCAGUCUACGUCGAGGGGGGACGUGGAGCUGGAACUGGAACAACAAAUUGUUUCAUUUGUCGGUAACAUAGACGAUGAGGAAUAUGAUAAACUUGUCGAAUUUUGCGACCCAAAACAUUUGGAAACUGGUCAUGAAUUAAAGAUGUCAAUGUCACUACCUACUAGCAAGGCUUCUGCUAUGAACAGUUGCUAUAAUCCUCAAGCUUCCAGUUCUCUACAUACCUGCAAGAAUCUAAUGUUCCGAAAAGAAAUUGAUAAAAAGAAUUGCUAUUCCCGGAAGUUAAAAUAUAGAACAGUAUGCCUUAUACCACCACCUGAAGACGAUGAUCAACCUGACAAUGAGUUGCUGCAAUCAGGGAAAGAUAUCAUCUACAGAGUUAGAAUAUAUCGGCCAUUCCCCUAUACACAUUCAAAACAUACUGUCCGUCAUUCGCUCUUGAUGUCAGAAAUCGUGGUGCUGGGGCAACAGCCCCUUUGGGUUCUGAGAGAUCACAUUUACUGUCUCAAUGACAUCUCUACAGGCAUUGAUGUCUCGGAGAACCCGGAUGUCGUACCCUCAACCUCACCUAAGGAACUAUUUCCGUCUAGUUUCAUGUUCAUCAACAACGUGUUCUACGUGGACGAACGCAAAGGCUGCUCCGACAUCACUCUGGAGUUGCGGGGAUGGGCGGCCGCCCGGAACAUGGGCACCUUUCCCGUUCACUCCAUGGACGUCAAGCUGGAAGACGUCAAGAUCCGGCUCGGACAUCCCGAUGUCUACGUGCACCUGGGCGACUGCGAGCACCCGUUCACCUUCUCGGAGGCGCGGCUGGCGCACCCCCGCGACCCUCUGCGGCGGGUGUUCCCGUUCGUGAGCCAGGUGGGCCUGAGCCAGGUCAACUACUGCAGCAUAUGCUCGGAGCACAGCACCAAGUGGGUCGUCAAGCGCUGCGACAUGGUCCCCUUCGACCCCACGCACUUCUGCGACACCUGCUUCCGCCUCUACCUGUACAAGGACGGGAAGAAGGUGUGUCCCUUCAAGGCUUACGCGUACAAAGGGAACGAGAUGAGCGUCUUGAAGCCCAGGCAAUGAUCUGAGGUGUCGUUGGAAAUAGCGAAUAGGAUGGGCCGAGCUGACCAGAACCCGUUUGGGGUCAGCCUUGGGCACUCGGAUUAAGGCUCGGGUAAGUCAUUUAUGUGCGUUUAUUGCAAUUUAGGUCAAAGACUCGAUACAGGUCAAGAUUGUGAUACCAAUCUCCUGAUGACUUUUUGAUGUAGUCUACAAUGGGUAUAAUUAUUUGUUAUGUGGGAGGAUUCUGGACCAUUUACAUUCAAUUAUCUAUAUUUCCUUUUGACCAAUCACAGCCAAGAGCGACACGGGAUCCAUUCGUUUUACAUUUUCUUCAUCUAUAUCUCAAAAUCUAAAAUUAUGAAUGCUGCAACUUAGUAUGUUCUUAAUAUUCCAUACGAAUUAAAAAUGCUGGCAGGCUUUUUAUAUCAAUCAUCUCAAAUAUUAGGUCCUUACAUAUGAAAUUGGCGUUUUGUAUGGGAGGAACAAAAAGUCGAAUAUUUUUAAAUAUAAUAUAUUUAAUUAAUCAAAGUAUGAACCAUUGUUUUCUAUGCACUUUUGCCAUCUCAUAGGUAGUUCAUUGAUCCCUUUACUAAAAAAACCAGUCGGACGGGAAUCAAUAAAAUCUGUGAAGGCGAUUUGGACUGCCUCAUCAGAGUUAAAUUUUUUCCCUUGCAAGAAGUUGUCCAAAUUUCGAAAAAAAUGGUAAUCUGUUGGAGCAAGGUCCGGGGAGUACGGAGGAUGUCUUAGACAUUCCAAUUGAAGCUCUUCUAAUUUGGUAGCCGUCUGUUGUGCAGUGUGUGGUCUAGCGUUGUCGUGAAGUAGCAGUGGCGUGGAGCGAUUGACCAGCCUAGGUUGUUUAGCCGCUAGCUUUUCCAUCAUGGUUUGCAAUUGCUGACAAUAGACAUCAGCCGUAAUAGUCUGGCCAGAUUUGAGAAAACUGCAAUGAACAAUACCGGCACUAUACCACCAAACGCUUACAAUAACUUUUUUGGGGUUAAUUUUCGCUUGGGGCAGGAUUUGGCUGGCUGGCCAGGAUCCAACCAUUGCGCUGAGCGCUUCCGAUUAUCGUAAAGAAUCCAUUUUUCAUCACAGGUAAUGAUUCGGUUUAAAAUACCUUCAUUAUUGUGCUGGUUCAGUAAUGUAACGCAGCAGUCGACGCGCGUUUGCCGGUUUGCUUCAAGUGAAUUAAAACAGUUUUAUCACUAGCACCGCAGCCUGCAGCUAACUCGGACGUGGUUUACGAUGGAUCCGCUUCCACAAUAGCCUUCAAUACUUCAUUAUCAACUUGGGUCUUAGGCUGUCCACGGGGCUUGUUCUACAGGUCGAAAUUUCCAGAACGAAAACGUUGGAACCAAAAACGAACUGUGUUUUCUUUUGCAACAUGACCGCCAUACACAUCAUUCACCCUUCGAGUCAUUU